AUGGCAACUGUAGAGGUAGUGGCGGCGGUGGGGGUUGGGGUUAGGCUGCCAGCUACACCUGAAGAAUGGAAGAUUGCAGCUGAUGAUUUGAACAAACUAUGGAAUUUUCCUCAUUGCAUAGGUGCUCUCGAUGACAAGCAUAUUGAUAUGCAAGCCCCUUCAAAUAGUGGAAGUUUUUAUUUUAAAUAUAAACACACGCACAGAAUAGUGCUGAUGGCACUUGUAGAUGCAAAUUACAGAGUCAUCUAUGCAGACUUGGGUGCUAAAGGCAGAAUCUCAGAUGGAGAGUGUUCACUUCAUGAACAAAUAGAAAAUGGAAAUUUAAAUCUUCCAAGGGCUUCACCACUAGCAGGGCAAAAAAGAAACACCCCAUUUGUAAUGGUGGCAGACGAUGCAUUUGCAUUGAGCGAAACAUUAAUGCAGCCAUAUCCAGCAACUGGUUCGUCCGGUGCUCAUCGAGUUUUCAACUACAGAAUUAGUCGAGUACGCCAUGAAGAAUCCAGUGGAUCUAAUAAUAUCCCAGGAUAUCGAUGA